AUGACCUUUGACCUCUGUGACCUCUGUGACCCCUGUGACCCCUGGGGACCACCCACGACGUUCCCCUCCCCCACGGGCCACCCACAAAGUUUUUCCCAUCCCCCACCCAUGUUUGACCGUAGUAUCACCCCAAUGACCUUUGACAUGAGGGGCGUGGUCCGAACAGAGGGUGAAUUCCCGUCCCAGGAGAUAGUAGCGGAGGGUGAGGACAGCCCACCUGAUGGCCAAACACUCCUUCUCCACGGUGCUGUACUUAGUCUCUCUCUUAGAGAGCUUACGACUAAUGUACAGCACCGGCCGCUCCUCACCCUCUAUCUCCUGAGACAGGACAGCACCCAACCCUCGGUCCGACGCGUCAGUCUGCAACAAAAAUGGGAGAGAGAAAUCAGGAGAGUGAAGCAACGGCCCGCCACACAGAGCAGCCUUUACUUGGGUAAAGGCCUGCUGGCACAGCUCCGUCCACUGGACCGUAUCUGGUGCCUCCUUUUUAGUAAGAUCAGUCAAGGGGCUGGUGAGGUCCGAAUAAUUAGGCACAAACCUUCUAUAAUAUCCCGCCAGCCCCAAGAACUGUCUCACCUCCUUUUUGGUCUUAGGGCGCGGACAGGUCGCAACUGCUGCAGUCUUAUCAAUUUGGGGACGCACCUGUCCAUGCCCCAAGUGGAAACCCAGAUACUUUACUUCCACGCGCCCAAUUGCACACUUCUUCGGGUUGGCCGUGAGUCCAGCCCCCCUCAGCGACUUCAAGACCGCCCUCAAAUGCUGCAUAUGCCGCUGCCAGUCAUUACUGAAUAUGAUGAUAUCAUCCAGAUAGGCAGCCGCAUAUGCAGCAUGGGGCCGCAAAACCCUGUCCAUCAGCCGCUGAAAGGUAGCCGGUGCCCCGAACAGCCCGAACGGAAGUGUAACAAAUUGGUGUAAUCCAAACGGCGUCGUGAAAGCUGUUUUUUCUCGGGAUAACGGAGAUAAGGGGAUCUGCCAAUAACCCUUUGUUAAGUCCAGUGUCGAAUAAAAACGAGCCGUACCAAGCCGGUCAAGCAAUUCGUCAACCCGUGGCAUUGGAAAUGCGUCGAAUUUCGACACAGCAUUCACCUUGCGAAAAUCCACACAGAACCGGACCGAGCCGUCCGUCUUAGGAACCAAAACUAUCGGGCUCGCCCAGUUACUGUUGGAUUCUUCUAUUACUCCCAUCUCAAGCAUCGCACCUAAUUCUUCCUGAACUACUUUUUUCUUGUGUUCAGGCAAGCGAUACGGCCGGCUGCGAACCACCACGCCCGGCUCUGUCUCGAUAUGGUGCUGAAUGAGGUUUGUACGGCCAGAGAUUGUUUUUUUAUAUUCGCC